CUGCUGAUACCAUAAGUGACUUGGCUUCAGUGUUCCCUCAAACAAAAUAUAACCACUAUCUUUCACACAACACUUCUGUUAAGACUUACUACAAAAUGCAAGUCACUCGUACUGGGUGGAGAGAUCUUUUUUUGGAUGACUGUAGGACAUCUUUGCUUUUACAUGCAUUUUACACCUCCUAAAAGGAUGGCCAGCUGCCCUGCUGUCUAUGAAAAUUUUGGCAACCUGCGGAUUGCUGAAGAUGUCCCUUCAAGACAAAAUAGUGUCUGGUCUAAUAAGACCUUGCUAAUUACCCUGGCACUUUGCAUUACAGCCCUGGUGGUGAUUCUUUCAGUAGGAGGUGUUGCCUAUCACCAAAUCAAUGAAGAUUUUCAAGAAAUGGAAGAGCAAAUCAACAUGAUCAAUUUGACCUUGAUGAUGUUAAGCUGGGAUUUAUAUUCUCUCAAAGGCAACAUGUCCAGUUCCUGCCCUGUACUAUGGCAUAUGAACAAAGGAAAGUGCUUUUUCUUCUCCUACAAAAAAAGGACAUGGUCCUCAGCAGAGAAAUCCUGUUUAAAUGAAAAAGCAAAUCUAGCAGUGAUCAACACCCAAGAGACACAGAGGUUCCUCUCAAGAUUUAGACUAAAGUUAAAUUUCUGGAUUGGACUUCGCUACAAUGAUUCUAACUGGAAAUGGACUGAUGGCUCAUCUCUGCACACUUCUGAGACAUAUUGGCAACCUGGUCAGCCAUCACAUCUGCUAAAGAACAACUACUGUGUGUACAUGUCACCUGAAUCCAAUGGUUCACUCUGGGCAGUAGCAAAAUGUGAUGAACAUAAACACUGGGUAUGUGAGAAGCUGGCAGCCUGAGGAGCUACCAUCACUUUCACUCUUACCUUAAGCUUAAGCCUUCAUCAAACUUUAUGGUCAGAGUACUCCUCGGCUUAGUAUUGUGAACUCGGGAUUAUAAAAGUUAGCAAAGUAAAUAUGUAUGGUACUGUUACAUUCCCUUUAAUAAAGUGAUGUUUAUUA